AUGUUUCCCAACAUCUUCUCCAAGGCUGGUCUGACCACCGCCUUUUAUACACUUGCCUUGGCAUCGCGCUGCUCCGCGAACGAUGGCCUUGAGUGGAUCUCAAAAGAUCCCACAUUGCCCAAGGUCGUAAUCUACAGCGCGGGCGGUACCAUCCUGUCUGCCUCCAACUACAGUCGACUGGACAACAUCAAGUACGGCCGUGGCGUCGGCCCAACACCCCAGCAGCUCAUCGGCAAUGUGUCCGAAGUGCUCGAUGUCGCACAGCUAGCCGUCGUGAAGUUUCCGGCCACGGGAGGAUCUUCCGGUCUCAAUUCGUCGCUCUACCUGAACAUCAGCCAGUAUGCAAACCGCCAGCUCUGCUCCGAGGGGUCUGACAUUGCUGGAGCCAUCAUGUUCCACGGCACCAACACUCUGGAGGAGACCGCCUUUGGCGUGGACCUGACCUUCAACUGCUCCAAGCCCUUCAUCGCCACGGGCAGCAUGCGGCCCGACACCUACGUCUCGCCCGACGGCCGCUCCAACUUCUACCAGGCUGUGGCGGCAGCAGCUUCUCCCGCCUCUCGUGACCGCGGUGGACUCAUCGUCUUCAACGACCGCAUCAGCUCCAUCUUCUACUCGUCCAAGACCAACGCCAACACCCCCGACACCUUCAAGGCCCUGGAGCAGGGCAACCUCGGUGCCUUCCUGGGCGGCCAGCCCUUCUACUACUUCGACCCGGCCUAUCCCACCGGCCGCCCGACCUUUGACGUCACCAACACCACCGUCUUGCCUGCUGUGCUGACCCUCUGGCUUCACCAGGGCUUCGAUAGCACCCUGAUGUACGCUGCUGUGGCGAAUGGCGCAAAGGGCCUCGUCAUCCUCGGCCCGGGCGCCGCGCAGCUUAGUCCCGCCGCCAACAAGGCAGCGGACGAGCUGUACAAGAAGGGCAUCCCCACCAUCGCCGUGCCUCGCCCCGUCACAGGCUCCGGCAUGCCCGACCCGUACCCGGGCUCUGUCAUCUUCUCAAGUUAUGUCGGCGGCGACCAGGCCCGCAUCAUGUUGCAGCUCGCCAUCAACGCCGGGUAUAGCAUGGACCAGAUCCGCGACCUUUUCGAGGGCCCGCUGCGAAAGGCCAUCUUUGGCACAAAGGUCAACCAGAUGACGUAUUUCGCACAGGAAUGA